AUGGCGGACGCCGAUUUCAACCCUCAGUCUGUCGACCUCGACACGGCCGACCCUCGAGACAUCAUCUGUUACCUCAACGCGGGCGGCAACGAGUACAAUGGACGGCUCGGCGUGCGUGUCUCGGCUCUGUUUGUCAUCAUGAUUGUCUCAACCGCAGUCACCUUCUUCCCAGUCUUGGCUACCCGCGUUCGACGCCUGCGCAUUCCCCUCUAUGUAUACCUUUUUGCCCGCUACUUUGGCGCCGGUGUUAUCAUCGCCACCGCCUUCAUUCACCUCCUUGAUCCGGCUUAUGAGGAGAUUGGACCCGCCAGCUGUGUCGGCAUGACGGGUGGCUGGGCUCAAUACAGCUGGCCCCCUGCCUUGGCCCUGACUUCAGCCAUGCUCAUCUUCCUGCUGGACUUUUUGGCCGAGUACUACGUCGACAGAAAAUUCAAGCUGGCCCAUGUUGAAGUCGAAGACACCAUCACUACAGGCCAUCAUGCCACUCACAGCCACCAGGGACUUCACUCGGCUGAUCAGGAUGGCGCUAUUCCUCCUCUCGCUGCAAAGGGCGACCAACAAGUGAAUGGCCGUGCCCCUAGCGACAAGCCUAGCGACGAUUACGACGUGGAGGAGCUCAAGGGCCUUGACGGCGAUUCCGAGAAAGUAGCAUUUGGCUUUCAGUCUCAGAUUGCGGCCUUCUUGAUUCUCGAGUUUGGCGUUCUCUUCCACAGUGUCAUCAUUGGCCUUAACCUCGGAGUUGCUGGCGAUGAAUUCAGCACUCUUUAUCCAGUCCUCGUCUUCCACCAGUCCUUUGAGGGCUUGGGUAUUGGCGCCCGCCUGAGUGUCAUCCCUUUCCCUAGGCGCUUUAAGUGGAUGCCUUGGGCUCUUUGCCUCGCCUAUGGAUUGACGACUCCUAUUGCCAUUGCCAUCGGUCUCGGUGUGCGGACUACAUACAACAGUGGCUCCUUUACUGCCAACGUUGUGUCUGGCGUUCUCGACUCUAUUUCCGCUGGUAUCCUCAUCUACACCGGCUUCGUCGAAAUGAUUGCGCGCGACUUCCUCUUCAACCCUUAUCGCACGCAAGACAAGAAACGUCUGGCGUUUAUGCUCGUUUCCCUGUAUCUCGGUACAGCAAUCAUGGCACUGCUGGGAAAGUGGGCUUAA